ACCGCGAACGUCUUUGGGGCGCGCGUCCUUUUUCCUUUCGACCGUUAUAACCGUACUCACCCCAUGGAGUGCAACACCAUUAUCUAUUUAUAUAGGUUUUCGAUUGUUCUUUUCUAAUUACAUAUCGCGCGUUUUUUUUUCCUCAGCAGGGCGAGUUGGCGGCGUUGCUGUUUCUCCAGAGUCAGAGCUGGAGGCGCCACAGAAAUUUGCUGGGUUUGGUGUCCAUAGGAACCUGGAUGUCUGGACAACCAAGGUGUCCAGAAUGUGGCUCCUCCAAGGUGGAAGAGGAUUCCCACUACAGCCAGAACCACCUGGUGUGCACUGAAUGCGGCUUCCUGCUGACUGAGGGGCUGCUCACAACCACCCGCUCCGAGGAAACCUUCUCCCAAGCAGUGAGAUACAGUGAAACCACAGCAGAGGUGAAAAAGCCUUGUCGCAAUCAGAUACAAGGUCAGAAGCGGGUCCAUGACCUGUGCCGGAUUCUCCGGGUGCGUCCAGUUGUGGAGGACACAGCCAUCGAACUCUACCUGAGGGCCUAUGAGCAUCAGAGCUUCCUGCAUGUCACUCUGGAGAAGAAGGAAGCCUUGGUGGGCUGCUGUGUUCACAUCUCCUGUCGCCAGCACAACUGGCCCCUGACCAUGAGCACCAUCUGCUCGCUUCUUCACGUGGAGCCCACUCUGUUCUCGACAGUCUAUCAGCACAUGGUGAAAGAGCUUACCCUGGAUAUCCCCACGCUCAGCCUCCUGGAUCUGGUGAAAACUCACUGUGAUGGGCUUAACUUGUUCCAGAAUUCUGCAUCAGUCCCGUCCAUGUUCCUGGAGAAUAAAGACAAGGUGGUGGAUCGUGCCCUGCAGCUUGUGGAGCUGGCCAGUGAGACGUGGCUGGUGACUGGGAGACACCCUGUGCCCAUCAUCACGGCGGCAGCUUACCUGGCCUGGCAAUCGCUUCUGCCUGUGCACCGUCUGAAGUGCAGUCUGGGGAAGUUCUGCAGGCUGGCAGGGAUCAGGCAGCCCCCGCCCGCCUCACUGCGGGUGAAGGAGAUCGUUGACAUUCUGCUCCGGCUGGCUUCGCAGCUGGCAUGGUUGGCAUCGCAGCGGCUCGAUGCCAAGACUGUGGUGAAGUACACCGAUGACGUUCUCCGUCAUCGAGCCCUGUUACUGAGACAGACGCUCAGCCUCACUUGGACGGAGAACCCAGGCGGGCCUACGGACCCGGGCGAGGGAACUGGAACGGAAACGGGCGGAGAGACUGAGGGUGGGGGUGAGUGGACCAGGGAUGGGGAGGGUGGGGAGACUGGGCCCUCUCCUCAGGAUCAGCUGAGUCCCGCAGGGACUGUGGGACCAGGGCACAAACGCGCAGCGCCAAUCUUCCUCCCUCCGUGCCUCACACAAAGGAAGAAGAGGAAGUCCUGCCCGGAAGCAGAGGGAAGCCAAGGCACUGAGCCAACCACAGGAGAGGAGGAGAUAUCAGAUAGUGAAAUCGAGCAGUACCUGAGGACACCCGAGGAGGUGGCAGCCUUCCGGGCAGCUCGUGCUAUCCUGUGAGCAGCUCCCUGGGCUCUAUCAUUUACCCAGUGAUGCUUGUUGUAGGGAGCCCAUGACCCUCCUGUGGGGGAUUGGGAGAAGGAGGGGGGGGCGGGGGGGGAGUGUGGUGGAGGUGCCAGCACCUGUAACUUAGGUAGUGUAGGUGCCUGGUUGAGGGUUCCCUCUGAAGAUGAUUCUGCCUGGAAAGGGUCACUCUGGUACCUCACUGUGUAACGCCAGGCACUGAGAAUCAGCUGACUUAUGCACAUUAAACAGACUCAAAGCUGCUCCCACAUUGGCUCCUGAUCGUGCUCCAGUGUCUUUUCCACCUCUGCCAGACCAACUCACUCCCCCACCUCCCAACCUUCCCACCCCCCACAAAAUACAGGAUGCUGAAGCCAGAUUUGCCCAGGGUGCAGUGAACGAACUCAAAUACAUCAUCACAUUUGUAAAACUGCCAUCGACCUGAGAAAGAGACCAUUCAGUUCCCCUCCGACUUGCUCCUCCAUUUAAUUCAAUCAGAGCUGGUCUAUGCUUGAACACCAUCUAGCUGUGCCUUUAACCUAGAAUGCCCAACAGCACUCUACCAAUCUCAAUGUUAAAUGUAUAAAACAUUUAGUCUAAGAGAUUGAUGCUUGUAUCUUAGUGCAAUGAAACAUCAUUGGAAAAAUGGUAAGCUUGGUAAUAAAAGGUGAUGGCAGUAGCAGGGUGUUGAUCAUUAGCCCAGUUCUGAAGCAGCGAUGUAGCUAACAUGUGUAAGCUACACAUGACCACUUGUCUCAGUAUCAUUUUCAGGACAUUGGGGCCUGCAUUAUCUAUAAUUCUGUUUCUCUGAACCAUUGGCCUUAUCCCAGAGUCAGCUGAGUAGACAGUAACUGACUGACAAAUAGAGUGCUCUCUGUGUUGUGCUUGUCUUAAUUCUUGUACUGGUAAAGCUGAUAUUAAACAUUCAGUAGGACGGUGAGGCAUUGAAAUAAAUAACCAAUCUGUUUUAGUGAUGUUUGAUCACUGUUAGCCUGGUCGCUCUAUCUCUUCAAAAUAGUGCCAUUGGACCUUUUGCAUCCAUCUGAGGGGGCAGAUGGAAACCUCGAUUUAUCUGAAAGAUGGCACCUUCAAUAGUGUGGCACUCCUCUGUCCUGCCCCUCCGAUGGGGCAGUGCUCUGUCAGUCCUGCCCCUCUGACUGGGCAGCACUCCCUCUGGUCCCUUUUUCAGCACAGUGCCCAAAAAGAUUUAAUACAGUACCAUG